CAAGUUAGUAUAUAGUUAGUAUAUAUUUUAAUGUCAUUGUUUGUUCAUGAGCAGGGAUACACAAGAGUAAAGUGAUAUAGAUAAUGGUGUACUGCUUGGUGCUGAUGUGAUUGUAAACUAGUGUUGAUUCAAAUAGUUUGUCCUCUUGUUGACCGCCUUUACUUGGAAGCAGUGCAAUCUAUGAUGUAAUAUAAUUAAAUAUGAUAGUGUUAUCAAGUGCAGCCCUCUGUGGGGUGACUUCAAUGCCCCGUGAAAACACUCAAGGAAUUCCAUAAGGCGUCUCCGUCUGGGAUUGGUUGCAGACAUAAACCAAUAGGCACGUGGAGAACUGCAUUUUCCGAGAACUCACCGCAGGCAUACGUUGAAUGUGCGAUAAAUAAAACGACGCACCAACAUGUGGUGAUUACGGAGAAAAAAACUUUUCCUUUCCUUUCUAUGUGCUUCCUUGCAUCCUUGCCUGGUCUGCCGUGACGGUGCAAAGUGAAGAUCAACAAGAGCUCAAGUAUCACUGCCUCUGUUGUGUGUGUGCGUCUGAGUGUGUCUCCCAUACUGGUAAACAUGAGACUCACAUAACAGGUGGGCUCAACUUGUCACGCUACAUGGGGGUCAUGUAGAAAAAGGUGGCUAUAAAUUCAGACGAUCUGGCGACGAAACAAACAGUGAGAAGACAGCAAGAGAUGUGGACAGUCGAGGAAUCACCUCAAGGAUUGCUUCUAUACUUUGCUGCACAGGGAUUAAUAUAACUUUUGUGGAUUAAUUGAGGUGCAAAAAUGGUUGGCAUGAAACCCAAAGACGUGGUGCCCUCUGCGACUGUGAAGUUCUUUGGUGCUGGCACUGCCGCCUGCAUUGCUGAUCUGGUCACCUUUCCCUUAGAUACGGCCAAAGUGCGCCUCCAGGUUCAGGGAGAGAGUCAGAAAGCGGAGGGUGCCAAUGUAAGGAAAUACCGUGGAGUUUUUGGCACCAUCAGCACGAUGGUGCGCACAGAGGGGGCCAGGAGUCUUUACAAUGGACUGGUGGCGGGACUGCAGAGGCAGAUGAGCUUCGCCUCUGUGCGGAUCGGCCUUUACGACUCCAUGAAGCAAUUCUACACUCGGGGCACAGAAAGUUCUGGGAUUGUUAUCCGGCUCAUGGCGGGAUGCACCACCGGCGCCAUGGCUGUGGCUUUUGCACAACCGACGGACGUGGUGAAAGUGCGUUUUCAAGCUCAGGCUCGCUUGUCUGAUGGUGGGAGGAGAUACAACGGCACCCUGGAUGCCUACAAGACCAUAGCCAGAGACGAGGGGGUACGAGGGCUUUGGAAAGGCUGCAUGCCCAAUAUCACGCGGAACGCCAUUGUUAACUGUGCGGAGCUGGUGACAUAUGACAUCAUUAAGGAGGUCAUCCUGAAGUAUAACUUGAUGACAGACAACCUGCCGUGUCAUUUCACAGCUGCCUUUGGUGCAGGCUUCUGUACCACGGUGGUGGCGUCGCCUGUGGAUGUCAUUAAAACGCGCUUCAUGAAUUCAGGCGCCAAUCAGUACAGCAGCGCCUUCAACUGUGCUGUCAGCAUGCUGAAGAACGAAGGAGCCACCGCCUUCUACAAAGGGUUUAUGCCUUCCUUCCUGCGACUGGGCUCCUGGAACAUCGUCAUGUUUGUGACAUAUGAACAAAUCAAACGAGGCAUGACCAAGUACUGGGAGUCGCCCUUUUGACCAAAACAACCACAGAUGUCAUGUGAUCUUUCCGCCACGGUGCACAGUAGUGGAUGGUGGUUAAUGACAGCAGUAACAACAAGCCCCAAAGAGUACUUCAAAUGCUUUCCCUGUGGACAAAGCUCAGGUAGAAAAUAAGACAUGCUCCUUGUCCAAAACCAGAAGUGGAAGUUCUCCGGUUAAUUCCUACAUGGAUGCCAUACCUCUUUGGAUUUUAUUAAUGCGGUUGCACAUGUGGUUGCAGGUGAAGGGUACCAAAAUAUGAGGAUCAAAAUUGUGUUAGAUUUUUAUGUUUACAAGAAUAAACUGCAAAGAUCCUGUGAAAAUGUUGCUAUAAUGUAUUAAAUGUGUCACUGAAGGUAUGAGCCAUAUGACAACAUAGAUGCUUUUUAUGUGCUAGUUUUGUUGGGAGUUUACAGUGUUUGCUCACAAGCCAUUAAUAAUGUUCUUAAAUGUCAUGAUUUGUUGCUGGUCGAUAAGUUAUAAAUGUUAGAAAAGUGUCAUAACAAGCAAAUGUUAGAAAAGUGUCAUAACAAGCAAAUAAACACAUUUUAUAAAUA